AUGGCGACAGAAGCGCCCCAAAAGCCCAUACACUCCCUGAUUCUGGACACUGGACCACUGAUCAAGAACGCCGUAUCAAUUUCCACCAUUAUCAACUCAGCUGAGGAAAUUUACACGACAUCUGCCAUCAUUUCCGAGAUUCGAGAUGAGGCAACCAGGUCACGGGUGCAGACAUCGCUCAUGCCAUUCUUGAAAAUUAAGAACCCGAGUCCAGCAAGUUAUGACGCAGUCGUUGCGUUUAGUAAGAAGACUGGCGACUAUGCUGUGUUGAGCAGGCAAGAUUUGGGAAUUCUGGCACUUGCCUAUGAGGUGCACUGCGAGAGGAAUGGUGGCCCAUGGGGAUUGAGAGAGGCGCCCAAGCAGCCCUUGAAGAUGAGGCCGGGAGAGAAAGAGGCAGAGGACGAGGCAAAGGAAGAGUCUAAGGUGGAUGAGGGCAUCAAGGUCGAGGAAGGCGACAUGCAUGUUGAGGAUAUCACAGCCACCGAAGGUGUGCAAAUUAACGACGGAGUCAAAGUUGACGAGAGCGAGGCCAAUCAGAGUGUUCAGACUGGCGACGAAGUUAUGACUGAGGAACAAUCACUGGAGAAUGAUACGGAAGGUUGGAGCCAUGUGCCUAUUAGAUCGUCGAAGCAGGUCAAGGAAGAGAGGCCGAAAAAGCAAAAGGGCAGUGCGAAACACAAGCAAAUGAAGCUAGAGAAAGAGCAGAGAAAACAGGCCAGAGCUCUCGAGGCCAGCGCCAGUGAGCAAACACCAACGACCCAAAACCCGGAGGCUGUCGAGACUGACGAGGCUACAACAGCGCCUGCGCGGGAGACGUCCGAAGAGCAAACCAUCGGAGGAGUUUCGAUUGAGCAAGAACAUAUUACACAGGACAAGUCCGAGGAGCAGACCAUCGUAUCUGAGGGAAUAGCAAUCGAGCAAGAACCGAUCAUCCAGGACUCUCCGGAGAAGUCUGAAGAGCAGACCGUCAUGUCUGAAGGAGUAGCAGUCGAACAAGAACCUAUCACACAGGACUUACAGACAGAGCCUCAACAAGAUUUGGUUACUACAACCGAGUCUGUCGAGUCUCAAGUCAGCCCUGAAGAGGAGGCAGAAGCAAGCAGCUCCACCGAGCCAACGGCCACCGAACCCCUGUCCCAAGACUUCUCAACCCUCAACAUCACCACCCCUCCCUCGCCACCCGCUACCGAAGACGAAGACUCCGACGACGGCGACUGGAUCACCCCAGACAACCUCCCCACCCACGUCGCCGCCGACUCGGGCCUCCCCUCCUCUUCCUCCCCCAACACCCCCCAAGAGCAACUCGACGUCGCAACCAUGACCAUCGACUUCGCCAUGCAAAACGUCCUGCUGCAAAUGAACCUGCACCUCCUCUCCACCAACAUGCAACGCGUGCGCAAACUCACCUCCAAAGUCCUGCGCUGCCACGCCUGCUUCCUGACCGUCAAGGACACGUCGCGCCAAUUCUGCCCACGUUGCGGCGGCUCCACGCUCAAGCGCGUGAACUGCAGCACGAACAGUAAAGGCGAGUUCCGUCUGCAUCUUUCGAAGAAUUACCAGUUCAACAAGCGCGGCGAUAAGUACGCUAUUCCUAAGCCGAUUGCGGGCACGGCGAAUGGCAAGUGGAACGGGCUAGGCGGCGGACAGGGUGGCUGGGGCAGGGAUUUGAUUCUCGCGGAGGACCAGAAGGAGUAUGUCAAGGCGGUGGAGCAGGAGAAGAGGGCCAAGGGUGCGCGGGAUCUCAUGGAUGAUGAUUAUCUGCCGGGGAUUUUGACGGGGGAUAGGAGUGGGAGAGCGGGCGGGAGGAUGAAGGUUGGCGCGGGGAAGAAUGUUAAUAGUAAGAAGAGGCAUGCGUGA